AUGCAAACAUCCUGCAUCCCUCUUCUUCUAACAAGGCCCCUUCGCAUAGGGGAAGAUAACGUGGCUUCUGUGGACGUGGACAUCACGUGGCAGGUGGGCUGGCUGCGGAUUCAGUCCUGUUUUGGACGCCAUUUCAUGGUGUUCAUCCUGAAGCGACAGACGGGAUUCGCUGCCUUUGCCGGGUUGAUCGGGUCCAAAGAAGACGCCGGAGGGUUUCUUUACCGGUUGAAACUGAGUGGACGCGAUGGAAAGUUUCUGACAUGGGAAGGAACGCCGAGGGGCAUUCGCGAAGGUGUUCCUUCAGAUGUCAGCAAUGUUUUUUUGUUCGAUCCGUCCGCUGUUGAGGCCUUGGCACAAUAUGAACCCCUAAAGAUUAACCGUAGCUCAGAUGAAAACCCUCCUUCAGUCGAGUUCACCAUUGCUCGCUCGAGUGUAAAAAGAGUGACACUAGUCAGUUCCACCAUAAUUAUGGUUCCAGAUGAGACCCCCAAAGCAUGUCCAAUUCGACAGUGCCUGAUACGUGGGUCUUCCCUCAAGACGGCUCGAGCAGCUUAA